UCGGUGGAGUUCAUCACGCCUCUCAGUCCGCUGGAAGUGACAGAAACGGGACCGUCCGUGCGCUGCUCCACCGUUCAUCCUCAUGAAAGCGACAAACGCGCAUCUUCCUUUGGAAGCAGUGUGAUUUGAGAAUAGGCUGGGUUGUUCAUGCUUUUGGAGGAUCGCUGUGAGGCUUCACAAUGAAAUCCUUCAAAUAUCCUUCAAACACUCUCCUGGAAUUAACCGUCAUUUUUCUUCUCAUUCAGAACUCCAGGAUGGAGACCGAAGCAUCCAUGAUGGCUAGCAGGGCUUUGAUAGAAGUUUGCCCUCUAGGUCAGUUCCCUUGUGGAAACUUGAGUGUGUGUUUGCCCCAGGUCCUUCAGUGUAAUGGCCACAGGGACUGCAAGAACGGAGCGGAUGAAGAACACUGCGGGGACAACAGCGGAUGGGCGGAUAUCUUUGAUCGAAACUUUAAGAAGGCAGAGCCACAAGACCUUCCUAAUGACUGCUUUCUGCCACAGUACCCAGAGAGCUGUGAUUGCAUUAAGACGGAGGUGGAAUGUGUGGACGUGAACCUGCAUGUCGUACCUGUCCUCUCUUCCAAUGUGACUUGGUUGUCUCUGAAGAACAAUAGGAUUAGGCAUUUGGAUGAUUACAUCUUCUCCAAGUACACACAACUGCAGAGACUGUUUCUUCAGAGCAACAUAAUUCAGAUGGUCUCAAGCCGUGCCUUCGGCGGACUAUUCAGUCUAGAAAAACUGUUUCUCAGCCAAAACCACAUAACAUAUUUAGGACCUGGUGUAUUCCGAGAUCUACACAAGUUAGACUGGCUAGUGUUAGACCACAACCCACUUAAAACCAUUACCUGCGAUACGUUCAUCGGUCUGAGGUCACUGACAUUUCUAUCCAUGGUUAACACGUCCCUGUUGUGGCUCCCUGACUCGAGUCUCUGUCAGCACAUGCCCUUGCUCAGGUGGUUGGACUUCGCUGAGAACCACGUUGGGUUGCUGAAUUAUUCCACUCUGAAGACAUGCACCGAGCUCACAGUGCUAUCACUGCAUGACAAUAAAAUCAAGAUCCUUCUAGAAAACACGUUUCAUUCUCUUGGAUCUUUGGUUGAACUAGAUUUGUCUUGCAACAGAAUUUCCAAUCUUCCUAAAAACACUUUCAGGAGUUUACAAUAUCUGCAGAAACUGAAUAUAUCCCAUAAUCCUUCACUCCAUAUUCAUGCCAGUCACUUCGAUCACCUGGUCCAACUUGAGUCUCUAAGUCUGGAGGGCAUUGAAAUUCCUGAUAUAACCACCAAGAUGUUUCUUUCGAUGGGAAACCUGUCCCACAUAUAUUUUAAGGAUUUUCAGUACUGUUCCUAUGCCCCACAUGUUCGGAAAUGUAAACCUAAUACGGAUGGCAUUUCAUCAGUGGAAGACCUGCUAGCCAGCCUGGUUCUGCGGGUGUCCGUCUGGGUUAUGGCCUUCAUCACCUGCUUUGGGAAUCUCUUUGUUAUCGGAAUGCGCUCCUUCAUUAGAGCAGAGAACAACCUGCAUGCAGCCUGCAUCAAAGUCUUGUGUUUUGCUGACUGUCUGAUGGGAGUCUAUCUUUUGUUCCUGGGGAUAUUUGAUGUGAAAUUCCGGGGCGAAUAUAACCGGAAUGCUCUUAUCUGGAUGGAUAGCGUGGAAUGCCGAACGAUUGGCUUCCUCGCCAUGCUCUCCUCUGAAGUAUCUGUUCUUCUCCUCACCUACUUGACACUAGAGAAAUUCCUAGUCAUCGUUUUCCCGUUUAGCCAUCUGCGGCCCGGGAAGCUGCAGACAGUGUUGGUUCUGGCCUUCAUCUGGAUUCUGGGAUUUGUCAUAGCAGUUGUUCCCUUGCUAAAUGAAGACCUGUUUGGGAACUAUUAUGGGCGAAAUGGAGUAUGUUUUCCACUGCACUCUGAUAGGCUGGAGAAACCAACAGCCAAAGGAUACUCCACAGGGAUAUUUCUUGGUCUUAAUCUGGUGGCGUUCUUGGUGAUUGUCGUUUCCUAUUCCAGCAUGUUCUGUUCCAUUUAUAAAACCGGCAUCAAUACCACAGAUGUACGCAGUCGGCUACACAAAGAUGUGGCCGUGGCCAACCGCUUUUUCUUUAUUGUGUUCUCUGACGCUCUCUGCUGGAUACCCAUAUUUUUGGUCAAAACGCUCUCUCUGCUAAAAGUUGAGAUUCCAGGAACAAUAAACUCCUGGGUGGUGAUCUUCAUUCUUCCUAUCAACAGCGCCCUUAACCCCAUCCUCUAUACCCUGACCACCAGCUUCUUCAGAGAGCAGGUGGAGCUCCUCCUAUGCCGCUGGCAGCGGCGCUCAGCAUCAAAGAAAAACCGUAAGAGUCUCACCAGCUCCACCAUCUACAUGGAGACCCCUCGAAAUGCAGAAUACCCCGCAAAAAUUUCCUUGCCACAACUGUCUUUGGCAGACAUGGAUAACCAAUAUGGGUGAAAGAGCCAGUGAGUGAAAGGUAUCAUAGUUAGGCCUAUCAUAAUCAUUAUCUGGAGAUAAGACUGGAGAAUAACAGUCUUUCCUGGAACAAUUUAUGUGAAAGGAUGGUACUGUGAUUCUUG